UAUGUGCUUUUUAUUUUAAUAUCUAUUACUUUUAAUUUUAUGACAUUACACUAAAAAUAUGUUUUGAAUUCGCCAGGUAUAAUUAUUCCUUACCCAAAAAUACAAAACUGGUAUAAAUCUUAAUAAUAAUUGCAACUGCACUAACAUACCUCAACAGAUAAUAGGUAGAGAUCAUAAUUAUAUAAUUCCACACCCAAAUCAAACAAAUCAUUAUAUAAACAAGUUUUACAGAGUGAACAACAACCAUGUCAGCAAAUUCAGAACUACAAGCGAGAAUAAAAUUCUUGGACAUCAACGAUGAUGGAAUUCGUUUUAACCAAAAAAUAAGGUUCAUUCUGGAAAAAUGGACUGCGAACUGCCCGACCAAAGAGGAUGUACGAAAAAGCGUCAAGUCUCUCUACAAAUAUAGUCUGAAGGAUGCAGUUUUGUCAGCAAAAGUUUUGCUACUGUUGACAUCGAUCAAAUUUGUGACGCUGGAAGUAGCAGGGGAGAACGUCCGUGCAUUAUUCCUUAGACGAAUGCAUAAAAAAUUCGAUUCUACCAAGAAAUCAGGCUUUGUGACGGAUGAUGGUUCCAGAAUGUCCGUAAGAAUACUUGGGUUUUUUUACAACAAAGCUCGUACUGCUUCAGGUGAGGUUUUGGUGUUUCUAAGCGGACCUUUGAUAUCGCUGCUGAGUUUGCUAUUGAAGUCAAAGGAAGUAGAAAAUGUUAAAUUAUUUGCCUCGCAAAUGUUCCUCAACGGUGUUUCCUUAAAAGAGAAUCAAAGGGAGAAGUUUAGGCAAAUAAUUUUGGAUGUAAGAACGAAUUUACUGACCACUGAAGACGAAUGUAUAAAAAAUUGGCUUAUGUUUUCACUGGAAGUUUCCAAUAUUGGCUAUGGUAUUCUACCAUCGGAUAUGGAAGUAUACUACAAAAAUAUAAUAAAAGAAGAAGAGUUUGGUAAUGUUUACAAGUUAACCCUUGAAAAUCACCAGCAGAAAACGGUUUUCAAGGCUCUAAAUGGAAAUUCCCGUGUUGAAAAGAAGGAAGCCAAAAAACUGCUUACCCAAGUUGAUGAAAAUAUUUUCGACAAAGAUAUGAAAAGGCGGAAUAUACCUUCAGCCUUAACGCGAAGACUUGAGGCCAUAAGACGCAAUAAAUAAAUGUUAGUGUAUAUAGAUGUA